UAAAGAGAACGUCAGAUCUAGAAAGCAGUCAUUCAGAUCAAGAGAGGCACGGAGGCAAAGGACGUGUUCAGAUCAUCUCAUUCCUCUGGCUUCUUUUUUUUCCAGGAGCAGGGCUGUUCUGCUGACCCACCGUGAUGCAGGCCGUGCUGCUCCUUUGCUGUGUCUUGCUGUCCCCAGUGGCUGCCUUCCCAAGAAAUGCCCAGGAAGGGGUCCUGACCUUCCAGCCGUCCAUCUCAGAAACUGGGCAUCCUUUGAACCUGCUCUCCAACCAGCUCCUUCUCCCAGACCCUAAAACCUGCCAGCAUCUCUUACAUGUGGCCUCCUCCUUAGCCCCUCUGCCUGAGUACCUAUCCAGCUUAGCUCUGGAGGUGGUCUUGGAAGAGAUUGGUUGCACAACUGAGGCUCACAUUCUGCAGCUCCAGCUUGUUAAGAUAGGAGGAAAGGACACCACUGAAACCCUCAUCCGUGAGAGCAAAAAGCACAAUGAAGGAGAAGGGAUUGGCCAAGUUAAGGUCAUUCUGAAGGAUCUGGGAGGAUCCCCAGGGGAGCUUAGGCGGGUGCAGCGCUCAGUUACCCUUCUGGAGGCAUGUAGGCAGGAAAAUAGGUGGGUGCUCUAUGAGACAGCAAAAAUGAUGGCUGAAUUUGCUGAGAAGCUCCCUAACACUGAGCUGGUAACAGAGUUUAAGGCUGCUGCCAUUGAUGUCACCCAGAAGUGCACGGAUGAGUCCUGGGAGCAUUUGCAAGCAGUAAGCAACCGGCUAGUGAACAGCCCUGAGAUGAAAGACUUCACAAUGCCUAUGCAAGAUCAGCUGUACUUUAUCAAGCGUUUCGCAACCAUUCUGAUGCACAUUCUAGUGGAAUUCAUAAAGACGCAAGUCCAGAAUAUUUUUGGAUAGGGAAGGCCUCCAAGGCACCCUGUUUCCUUUCUCAAAUGUCUCUGAUAGGAUCAUGUACAAGGACUGGGCACAACAGGUAGUUAGAAAUGUUGAGACAGCUUAGGGCAGAAGUAUCUAUUCAUUUGAUCCCAAUGCUAAAAGCCAUGUGACCAGAGUCAGCUUUGCCCCUUCUCUUAAUAAAUCCUAGUCUCUAUUUUUUUCCCCAAUUUCUCUUUGUCAGGUACUGGGGAUGUAUUACGUACUAGACAUGAAGGAUAUUGUAAUCUUUCCCCAUGUAUCUACCUUUUACUUUCUAAUUCCCAGCUGGGUGCUGUAACUUGUUUGUGUUCAUUUUUAAACUGAAAAGAGAAAUUAAAUGUUGCUUCUAGAUCAGAA